AAUCCAGCCUCUCCGCUCCGACCGCCAGGGUGCGCUGUGACGCGGCUCGGGGCCUGGCGGGAGGCCGCUCUAGCUUCGCUCGGGGAAGUCGCUGCCCUUACCUUCAGCAGGACCUCGCGCCUCUGGGUCCGCGCCCGCUGGCAUCUCCGCUCAGUCCUCCAGCUACCCACUGCCCGCCUGCCACCCACCAUGGCCCUGCUGCACUCUGGCCGUUUCCUGUCUGGAGUCGCCGCGGCUUUCCACCCAGGCCUCGCUGCCGCGGCUUCUGCCAGAGCCAGCUCCUGGUGGGCUCAUGUGGAGAUGGGACCCCCAGAUCCCAUCCUGGGAGUAACCGAAGCCUUUAAGAGAGACACCAACAGCAAAAAGAUGAACCUGGGAGUUGGUGCCUACCGGGAUGAUAAUGGAAAGCCUUAUGUGCUUUCAAGUGUCCGGAAGGCGGAGGCCCAGAUUGCUGCAAAAAAUUUGGAUAAAGAAUACCUGCCCAUUGGGGGACUGGCUGAAUUUUGUAAGGCAUCUGCAGAACUAGCCCUGGGUGAGAACAAUGAAGUGUUGAAAAGUGGCCGGUAUGUCACCGUGCAGACCAUUUCUGGAACCGGGGCCUUAAGGAUCGGAGCCAAUUUUCUGCAAAGAUUUUUUAAGUUCAGCCGGGAUGUCUUCCUGCCCAAACCAACCUGGGGGAAUCAUACACCCAUCUUCAGGGAUGCUGGCAUGCAACUCCAGAGUUAUCGGUACUAUGACCCCAAGACCUGCGGCUUUGACUUCACAGGCGCUAUUGAGGACAUUUCAAAAAUACCAGCGCAGAGUGUCAUUCUCCUGCACGCCUGUGCCCACAACCCCACGGGAGUGGACCCUCGUCCUGAGCAGUGGAAGGAGAUGGCGACAGUGGUGAAGAAAAACAAUCUCUUUGCAUUCUUUGACAUGGCCUACCAAGGCUUUGCCAGUGGUGAUGGUAACAAGGAUGCCUGGGCUGUGCGCCACUUCAUCGAACAGGGCAUUAAUGUUUGUCUCUGCCAGUCCUAUGCCAAGAACAUGGGCUUAUAUGGUGAGCGUGUGGGAGCCUUCACUGUGGUCUGCAAAGAUGCCGAGGAAGCCAAAAGAGUUGAGUCCCAGUUGAAGAUCCUGAUCCGUCCCAUGUAUUCCAACCCCCCUAUCAAUGGGGCCCGGAUUGCCUCCACUAUUCUCACAAGCCCAGAUUUGCGGAAACAAUGGUUGCAAGAAGUAAAGGGCAUGGCCGACCGCAUCAUCAGCAUGCGGACACAGCUGGUGUCCAACCUCAAGAAGGAGGGCUCCUCCCACAACUGGCAGCACAUCACUGACCAGAUUGGCAUGUUUUGUUACACAGGCCUAAAGCCUGAACAGGUGGAGCGGCUGACCAAGGAGUUCUCCAUCUACAUGACAAAGGAUGGCCGCAUCUCGGUGGCAGGGGUCACCUCAGGCAACGUGGCAUACCUUGCUCACGCCAUUCACCAGGUCACCAAGUAAUUCCCCUGGUCAGCGGGAACAGAGACAACCUUCCUGUCUUCAGCCUCUGCUGUUAUGAGAUCCACAUGGAGGAAGAGGGAGGGUGGAUGGUGGUGAGCGGAUCAUUUUUUUCAAACCACAGUACUUUAAAACUCUACGAUUGAAUGUGUUUCUCAGAAAAGAACGUGCAGUGAAAUAGGGCGGAGGCACCUGUGACUGGUGUCGGGAGCUUUGUGGCUGUAAACCAAACUCGCCCUCAUCCUUUAUUUCCAUUUUUUCCACCAGAGUUUACAUGUACGAGAAAGCGCCCCCCCCCAAAAAAAAAAACCCUGUCAAUCACACCAUUGCAAUAUUUCAGAAGCUUUAAGUGAAACACCUUUUGGUGUCAUGGGUUUCUCUGGAGAACCAGCCUGAAAACAGCACCUGUUAGAGGCUUUAUGAAAAGAUGAAGUUCUAACAUUAGCAGUCAGCCUCAUGUUUGUCCUCCCGUGACUGAGCAACUUGUCAACAAACUGUAUUAUGGAAAUCAUGUUUUAUAGCGAGUCUGCUGCCACUGUAGUGGGAGAAAAUAAAAGAUGCUCUUUCCCAUCUUAUUUAAGAAAAAGAGAAAGAAGGCUUUUCUUUCUAGUACCUGCAAGAUUUUAAUGUUCCUCUUUUCUCCCUAAUCACUGCUGUUCCUUUCCUCGGGCCCAGAGAUCUGUAACUAGCGCAGAUAUUCAUCCUGUCCUACUUACUCCCUGAGUGACCAUCAGUCCCAUCCCAUAGGAUUUAUUUAUUUAAAGAAUGAAGAACAUUAUUCACUGCUCAUCCCAAUACCCUCGCUUUUCUCAGCAAAGAAUAGCAAAGAGUAGGUAACCGCACUUUAUUUGGGCAUCCUCUGCAAUGUGAGGAUGUUGCCUCUGCCCAGCUGGCCCUCGUACCUUUGUGCAGUGUGGUUGUGCGGUCAGUCGUCUCAUCAGGAGUCAGGCAGUGCAGGGUAGAACCGGGAAAGAGGAUAUUCUGGGCUUCAGUUUUAACCUUCGUGUGCUGCCAGCUGGGCUCAGGCUUCACUCUCUGGAAAGAAAACCACCAUUUGCUCUAAUCAUGUAGACUUGUUGCAGCCUGGUUUCUCUGUUACAAUAAAGUUACUGUAGACUCAA